AGCCUCCAUAUGCCAGGGGUAUGGCCCUAAAAAGACAAAAAAAAAAAGAUAAAAGAAAUGAGAGGUCUAACACUUUGCAGUGGCUACAAAGUAAUAUUAACAGAUACACACCAUUCAUAUCAACAAAUAAUACAUUUUAUCAAACGUAAUAAAAGUAGUUAUUUGAUAGCUCUUUGGCUUUUAAAAUUCCGAAUAAAGCUCCUAAAGAAAAAAAGUGAAGUUACUAGAAGUAUAAAACUUGAUGACCUAAUAAAUGAAUUUUCAGAAAAGUGAGCCUAAAAAAAUUCCUAUCCAUCAAGAUAGCACAUUAGCCAAUUAUUGUGUUACAUAAAAUUAUGACACCAAAAUGUUAUUUUUUGCUAUUUGUAAAUUACAUUAUACUCAUGUCUUAUCCCCCUUGUGUUUUAUAACUCAUAAAACAUUUGUAAAGGAAAAAAAAAAAAAAAACCCUCUGAAUAACAAAGGAGCGUCUGAGGAAAAGGCCAGGGCAGAAGAAGACAUGAUGUAACUUAGGUUCUUUAAUUAGAAUGUGACGUCCGCCUUGUAUUUUUCUCUGACAACAAGGGUAAGUUUUUACCUGGAUAAAAAGAAAACAGACACACAAGGCAUUCCAGAUGUUCCUUGUCUGCAGGAUUUCGUUCUGAUUCUCUGAGGGGUUGUCUGGUGGUUAGGAAUUCGUGGUCUGUGUAAUGCAGGCGCUGGCCUCACCCAGCUUCUGAGGUGCACACUCCCUUCAGGCAUCAGUAUAAUUAGGUGCCAUGAGGUGGGGAGGGUGGGGGUGGCUGGCUGUCCAGCCAGAGGUAAGCAAUUCUUCAAAAGCAGAUCCUGAAAACAGACGGUCGCUCCCCAUCUGACAUCAUAUUUUGCAAGACCUCCCUUCUAGAAAACACACCAAGACUCGGGCAUCGUGUGUGGUUAAGAGGAGGCCUGGUGGGCUCACUCUCCAGUGUUCCUGCCUGUCUUAGAACGUGCCACCAGCAGCAGCACCUGAGCAUGGCACAGCGUGUGAGCCUUCUGGUCCUUCUCCUGGGAGUGCUGGCAUUUCAGAUGAAAGGGGUGCUUGGUUUGUCAGAUGAGAGCAGUGACAGCAGUCCUGGGCACCGAAAGAGCUACUACGUGGUUUGGAUGCUGCCAACUCAAAGCCUGAGGGCGCGACCACAGAACAUUGAUGGCAGUACGGUGCUGCGCUUGCUGGCUCUGUGGCCUUCCACUGUGGUCAGGGCGCCUGUCAGCACAAUGGCAUGCAUCCAGCCUCAGCCAGCACCCAUCAUCCCUAGGCCGAGUCCGUCCCCCCCGGCCCCUCCCUUGUUGGCAAGCACAGUUCCCAAAGGCCCUGUCCUCACCCCCUCUGGCCAGUCCAUGACAUCAGAGAGAAACAGAGAAGCCUCUGCACCUGGGAGCCUGGGGACCUGCUGCGGUAUGCCAGCCAGGUUUCCCCUGACACCCCAAGUCCUGGCUAUUCCAGGUCCCCCCACAAAGGGAGCACUUCACAGCACCAGCUUCCCCACCUCCUCCCCAGUGAAGGAGCCCCGAGGAGAUGUGUAAGCUGGGAGAAGGACCAGACCCACAUCUGCCUGUGCUACUGGCUGUGUGUGGAAGCAACUUUCAAGGGAAGUGUUCAAAGCUCGGAUGGUCAUAGUCAAUCACCCCGGUGAUGUAUCCUGUGAACCUAUUUUUAUUACAGGAUUUACCUUAUCAGCUCCUGUAGAAAUGAAGUUCUUCUAUAAGGAAGCCUCGCAGGACCAGGAAAGUGAUGCUGGCACAUAUGCUACAAUUUUGAGGCAAUUUCUCACUGUUACCUAAAAAAUAAAAGAGCAUAACUUCUAAACCAUA